AUGGUAGGAGAGAGGGGACUCAGCUUGUCCGGUGGGCAACGCCAGCGUGUGGCGAUUGCUCGAGCGUUGCUCAAGAACCCCACCAUCCUGAUACUGGAUGAGGCUACAAGUGCUCUCGACGGAGAGAGUGAACGGCUGGUGCAAGAUGCCUUGGAGAAGCACCUGCUGGUAGGUCGCACAGUGAUCACAAUAGCGCACCGGCUGUCUACUAUCAAACGAGCGGAUAGCAUUGCCGUUAUUGAAGACGGCAAGGUUGCUGAACAGGGCAACUACACUGAAUUAAUGACCAAAGACGGCCCGUUCAAACGAUUAGUAGAGCACCAGGCGUAUCUGCAAGAAUAA